ACUAGCCCGGGUCUGACUUGGAUUGAGAUUUUUCCAAUUGUAUCUACGAUUAAGUCUGCCAGUCUCGAAAGACAUCUACAAGAUGGAACGAUGGUCUCGGAAGGUUGCGGUUGUAACUGGAUGUAGCUCGGGAAUCGGAGCAUCUAUCGCUCGACAUUUGUGCAAGAAAGGGAUGAUUGUAAUAGGACUUGCGCGCAGGGUACAACGUCUAGAAAGUCUCUCGAAGGAAAUAGGUGAUGAAGAAGGUGCAUUUCACUUCCACGAGUGUGAUGUCUCUAAUAGGUUAUCAGUGAAGAAUGCAUUUGCCUGGAUAGCCCAGAACUAUCCAAAUGUGAGUGUACUUGUGAACAAUGCCGGGGUGAACAUAUCCACCUCAAUCCUGGCUGAGGAUAACGAGGCUUUGUUGGAGUCAGUGGUCAACACGAACUUGAUGGGCGCAUUGUAUUGUACUAAGGAAGUGUAUAAGAUCAUGAAACAAGCGAACGGAGACGAGUUUUACAUCAUCAACAUCAACAGCAUUCUGGGACACAAUAUCUUCCGAGCUUCAAGGGAUGUAAGGCUCAAUGUGUAUCCUUCAGCCAAGUUCGGCUUGAGGGCAGCUUCAGAGGUGAUGCGGCUUGAAUUACUUGGGGAUAAGCGAUUUCAUAUUUCGAGUAUCAGUCCCGGGCUUGUGAAAACUGAAAUUGUAGAUAUGCAUCCUGACGCAAAAAAAUUCAUCGCAGCAGAACCUUCUCUAAAUACGGAGGAUAUUGCAAAAACAGUUGAGUUCAUUCUGACCAUUGGUAGUCACGUCCAGAUUGCUGAUAUCAUAAUCAAACCAGUUGGGGAAAGGAUCUAAACUCUCACCUGUGUAUAACAAUAGACAAAUAAAUAUUUUUGGGGUAUAUUUCUG